AUGCGCACGGAUCCGAUUCCACGGAAUCGGCUCUGUGAAGUGUUGAGCCAAGAAUGGUCGGAUAUCCCACCAGCCAUGACAAGUUGGCAUUUGUCGGUGGGAUCUUGUCAAGUCAUGCCUGCCCCCACCUUUGCAAGCAGUCCUGGCGCAAGUCUUUCACUCUCAUCAUGUGUUGCCGGGCUAUCAUGGGCCCCAUGAGCUUCUGUCCUGCGCAAGAGCGCAGCUGGUGACAAGCCGUCGCGACGCAACCUGGCUUCAUCCACCAUCCACCAGCAGGAAGCGGCUCUCGAUGCGCAACGCUGCAAGCAGCAAGCCACACUUGUAGCCAAUGCCCAGCCGUUUCCACACGCGGAAUCAGCUGGCUCACAUGGCACAAGAAACCCAAGCCCUUGGUGGAGCAGCAUGGCCAAAGCCAAAGUACAACAAAAAUUCUGGGCACAACGCGUUCGAGGUCCAAUUCCCAAAGCCGUGGCCUGACUUCUACACACCAGCCGGGGUUUGGCUUGCCGGGGACGGAGCGUAGGGACUGCGCGCGGCUCAAGUCAAGCUGCGUGAGCCAGAAUUUCGGCAUCCCCUCGUGUCGGAGGAUGAAACUUAGUAAUACAGAGCUGGCUUUUCUCAAAAUGUGAUCGAUGUCGCUCUCAGGCGAUUGCGCGAAAGCCUCACAAGCCUUUUCGACGCGAGCGCACUACGCAAGCGUAUGCGAGCACGCACGCAGCCACGGCACACGUGAUGUUUGGCACAGCUGCCAUGGAGUCGGGGCAGUAAGGGCCCAAGUCGUCGUGACUCGUUGAAAUUCCGGAGUGGUGAAUUGUUUGACAUAGCUAAGUGUAGCUAUAACCUGAGAGUGGGGAGAGCUUGACUCACCAUGUGCUUCUUCACCGCUCUCGCCAUGUUUUUUUCCGAGUUUGGCGUAAUCGCACGGAGUUUUUGCGCAUUGCCACCUCCGAAUCAAAUCGGGCAGGAAGUCGCAAAAAAAGUCACUUGCAUCGCAGGCAACCCUUGUCCAAAGCAGCAGUUUCAGUGCGGCCCCCGUAGGUGGCUUGAAACUGGUUGUGACAGUCAAUUUCAGGGUCGGAAGUACCUGACUCAGCAUUUCCGUCUCCACUUUGGCCCGCAACUGUUCGAUGUGCACAAAUCGCCCUGCCACUGCAGGCCUCAAAGUAGGUGAAACAUCGAGUGAGGAAAGCCUACAACCAUUAGCGAUCUGCGCCUUAUCGGCAGCGGACAAAGACCCCAGAACGUUUUAGCGUGGCCGAGUUGAAUCUUCCACUCUAAAAAAACACAAGUGCGGUAGGCUGCAAUAAGUGUGUCAUCGUUGGUCACAACCUUGAAGAUAUUGUUGUCCACGCCUGGGGAAUCAACCAGCCCUCAGCCUGUAAGGCGGGUCCAGAGACUUCUGGCAGCCGAAGCGGAUCGCAGGUCAGCUUCCAGAACAAGCGCAGCCGACGCCUCCAGCCGUUUCCACACGCGGAUUCAGCUGCCUCACAAGGCCCAAGCAAUGCGUUCGAGGAGCAAUUCCCAAAGGCUUUGGGGUGCAACACGAGCCUUGACUUCUACAGCAGCUGGGGCCUGGCUUGCCGCUCUUGGGAGCCCCUUCGCCCAGCCCAGAAUGAGCCAAGCUUAGAGCUGACUUUUCUCAACUCAACUGCUGCGGCUCUCAAACGGUCAGGCACUUGCGCGGCAGUAACUUUUGCAAGCUAACUUUUGUCAAUUCAACUGCUGCGGCUCUCAAGCGGUCAGGCAUUUGCUGUUGCAACUUUUGCAAGCAUUGCUUUCGCCACGCUCGCAAACGCAGCCAUGGCACACUUGACGCAUCAGCUUUGAGCAGUUGCCCCCCACGAAGGCCGCAAAAGGCCUCUCAGCAGACAUUGAGGACGCCACGCUGGGUGGGAAACUUGCGCAUUCUGCAGCCUCUACCUUUUGCGAAGCGAACACAUGGCACAAGCUUACCCUGCUGAGCGCUUGAAGAACACACGGGGGGCAACACAGCCGCCUGGAAUUCACUCGAAGGAUGUCCUUCUGCCGUCCUUCAUGUCCUUUCGCGAGACACUCUGUUUGGGAAAAGCUCAUUUGCACCACAUUUCAAGCUCCAACCGCCGGUUCGCUAUGCCCCUGUUUCCUUUGGCGGUACCUUCACGGACACGCGGCUGCAGAGUUGGCUUCCUGACGCAGCUGGCUUCGAAAUGGCUUUGACAUAGAACUGGGUCUGAAAUUCGGCUCCAAUUGCUUCCUUUUGCGGUAGGCCCUUCCCGGAUACGCUCUACAUCAUUUUGGAAACGCAUUCUGCAACGUCCCCAUGACAGCUGCGGCACAGUGGGGGCAAGAAUGAAAUUCUGGAGAGUUGGCUUUGUCCUGAGGCAGGCUUGGAAAUGGCUUUGACAUCGCCAAACUCAUCGAAAGCACUUGAUUCAGAAUUUGCUUCUCCGCUCUCUGCGCAGUGGCAGCCAGCUGCAGACCCCAUGACAAAGCAACUCAGGCAAAAAGUCCCAGCAGAACAGUAACAGUUUCAGCGCGGCCUUCGCCAAUACUCAAAUCUGGAGUCAAAUAUGCGGCCGGGACAAAAAGUGGGAUGAGCAGUUGUCCCCACUAAGGCUGCAAAAAACACAUCCUCAUUUUUUAAAUUCCUCAGCAUACAUUGAGGACGCCACGCUGUGCGGGAAACUUGCAUGUUUAUAUCUUACCUGCCCUGAGGGCUUGAACAAAGCCCAUGCACACAUUGGGGCCUCUUCAAACCAUAGACGCCUUGGUAAACCCUUCCGCAAAGCUUCCGCAGCCUUCCGCGACUGUGGCGUGGCAGGCCUCAAAUUGCCUCAAAGUGCAAAAGUUCAAAGGAGCAGUGACAAGCCGAGAGCUUCGCAACACAACGUGGCUUCAUCCACCAACCGCGAGCAGGGAGCGGCUCCCGAUGCGGAUAUCACUGCAACGCUGCGUGCGAAAUUCGAGUGAGCUCACUCUUGCGCAGCCAACGCCUCCAGCCGCUUCCACACGCGGAUUCAGCUGGCUCAAGGCCCAAGAAUUCCGGGCCUUUGGUGAGCAGCAUGGCCAAAGCCACAUACCAAUUCUGGGCACGCGUCCGAUGUCAAGCUCCCAAAGGCUUUGCGGCGCGAUGCGGCGCGAGGCCGAGGUUUGGCAUGGCGGGGAUUCAGAGUAGGGACUGCAGCUCUUCCAGCUGCAAGCUGCAAACUGCGUCGGAACCCCUGCCAGACUGUGUCGAAGGGUGAAGCUUAGUAGGCUAGCAAGCUUCUGUCAGCAGAUCUGGCUUUCCUCAAAAUGUACUUGACGUCGCUCUCAAACACUCAGGCGUUUGCGAUGGUAACUUCUGCAGCCUCAAAGGCCUUUUCGACGCGAGCGCGCUGCGAAAGCGUAGCUAGGCCGCGAAGGCAGCCGUGGCACACGCAAUGCUUGGCGAAGCUGCCUUGGAGUCGGGGCAGUAAAGGGCCCAAGUAGCCUGGCUCGUUGAAAUUCUGGAGCGGUGGCACUGAGGCAGGCGGCUUGUCAAAGUGUUUGACAUAGCCAACCUCAGAGUGGGGAGCGCUUGACUCACCACGCGUCUCACCACUCCAGUCAUGUUUUUCGAGUUUGGCAUAAUCGCACAGAGUUUUUGCGCAUUGCCACCUGGCUGCGUGAGGCAACCCUUGUCCAAAGAAGCAGCAGUUUCAGUGCGGCCCCCGUAGGUGGCUUGAAUGCCAAACUCAGGGUCGGAAGCACCUGACGCAGCAUCUCCACUUUGGCCGCAACUGUUCGAGGUUUGCACCCUGCGCACAAAUCGCCCUGCCACUGCCGGCCCCAAAGCAAACGAAAGAUCGAAUGAAACUUGUGCAGCCAACGCCUCUUCCAGCAAUUUCCACAUUCAGCUGCCAAAGCCCAAGAAGGCCGUAUUAUGCCAUAUCGCGCCAUAUCUGGGCCUAGAAGCGCGACGCAAGGCCUGACCAGCAAAAUGCGAUGUCGCUCUCACAAUCGAGCAAUUUGCGCUUGUAACUUCUGCAGCCUCACAACCCUUUUCGACGCGAGCGCAGGGCGCAAGCAUGUCUCUGCGAGAGCUCGUGCAGCCAUGCCUGGCUCGUUGAAAUUCUGGAGAUGUGUGACGGACGCAGGCGGCUUGUCAAAGUGUUUAACAUAGCCAACCUCAGAGUGGAGAGCGCUUGACUCACCACGCGUCUCACCACUCUGGUCCAGGAAGUCGCGAAAGCCACUAACAUCACAGGCAGCCCUUUUUCAAAGAAGCAGCAAUUUCACCGCAGGUGGCUUGAAAAUGGUUGUGACAGCUUGUGCGUCUCCGGUCUGGACACAAUCGCGCUGCCAGGUGACAUUUUGUGCAGAGCUACACACGCCGCCCUGGCUGCAAGAAACCUGGGUGAGAAGUCACAGCAAGCAAGGCAGUGGCAGUUUCAGCGUUGCCCGUAACGCUCAGACGUAAAGCCAAACCUGCCGGGACAGCUGGAGCUGAGAGAGUUGUGUCGGAGCUCAGUGAGACAGGAGUCCUUCAAGGCAGCAGUUUGGGAGGCUUGCGGCCGGCACAGCAAGACAUGAGAGAGCUGAACUUUUUUGAGGUUGUCAUCUUGCCUGACAAUCCUUUUCGCAAGCGCACGGCGCUGCGAGCAAGAAUUUGGGAAUCACCCAGCCACACUGUCUCUUAGAGCAGACCUUUCUCAAAUUCAAUAACCACGGCAGGAACCGGCUGACUGGGCUCGUUGUCUGGUUCAAGCAAGACCUGAGUUUAUUGGCACCCGGCCUUCUUAAAG